ACCCAAUUUAGAUUUUAGAAGAUAUGGCACAAGAGUAGCGCGUAUGCUCAGAUAUGGCUUUCUCAUCAGGCGUUUUCCGCUUUGUCAGUCCAAAUUCUGAAGCGUCUCCCAUUUUAUCCUCUAAUUUCAGAUUGAAAACUGGGAAAUGCGACUGGAUAAACAGUAGUAAGAAAAAGAAUUUGCAAACGAAUUGUUGUUUGAAAAUGAAUUCCAAGAAAAAUGGAGAAUCGAAGUUAGUUUGGAUAUGGACUGAGAAUAAGCAAGUCAUGACAACUGCUGUAGAAAGAGGAUGGCAGACUUUCAUUUUUGAUGUCAACUCUAGAGACCUUGCCAAAGAUUGGUCUUCUAUUGCAUUGAUAAAUCCUCUGUUUUUUAAAGAUGGAGCACUGUUAGACAUGGAGAAUAGAAGUGUUGCCUCAUUCUUUGAGAUUUCGUCUCCUCAACAUUUGGAUCAAGUACUUUUGGUAGAUGAGUCGCAGAACACAGUCAUUCAUUUACUAGAUUGGCAGGUGAUACCUGCAGAAAAUAUUGUCGCUGCUAUCCAAGGAAAUGGCAAGAGAGUUCUUGCUGUUGCUGAAACUGUCGCAGAGGCGCAAAACUUUUUAGAGGCUGUGGAACAUGGUCUUGGUGGUGUUGUCUUAAAAGUUCAGGACAUAGAUCCAAUUCUCCAGUUAAAGGAAUAUCUUGAUAGGAAGAGUGAGGCGAGAAAUUGUUUGACAUUGACAAAAGCGACUGUAAAUCUAAUACGUAUGGCUGGAAUGGGUGAUCGUGUUUGUGUGGAUCUUUGUAGCAUUAUGAAUCCUGGAGAAGGACUUCUGGUGGGUUCCUUUGCUCGGGGACUAUUUCUUGUUCACUCUGAGUGCCUGGAGACGGAUUAUAUUGCUAGUCGACCCUUUCGUGUCAAUGCGGGGCCUGUUCAUUCAUAUGUUGCUGUUCCUGGUGGAAAGACUUGCUACCUGUCUGAGCUAAAAGCUGGGAAAGAGGUGCUUGUGGUGGACCAGAAUGGACAACAGAGAACUGCAAUUGUUGGCCGGGUUAAAAUAGAGACCAGACUGUUGAUCCUUGUAGAGGCAAAGGAAAAUUCAUCUGGUGAAAGUUUUUACAGUAUUCUCCUACAGAAUGCAGAGACAGUUGGUUUUGUUUCUCCUCUUGGAGGACAUGGUAAUCAAAGGACAGUAAUUCCCGUGACUUCUCUAAAGGUUGGUGAUGAAAUUUUGCUCAGAAAACAGGGUGGUGCUCGGCACACUGGGAUAGAGAUUCAAGAAUUUAUUGUCGAAAAGUAAAGAUUGUGAUGAACUUCUUGAGCAGGGUGGUGGGAAGUCGGUUUUAUACUUUUAUUGCAGUCCUCUAUACAAUGGAGAAGUAUGGAAGUUAAAACUACAAGGCAUUACAACACAAAACGCAUUGCAAUCAAUUUAUCUCAAAGCAGAUUUCCAAGGUUUCAUCCUAAGGCACUUAGUAGGGGAAAUAUUGCUAAUGGAAAGGGACAUCUGGACUUGGUUGCUAGUUUCAUUUCCGAUU